AUGUUUCUAAUGCUCUUAAACUACAGGGACUACCUUUUCCAGCAACUCAUGUGAAAGGACUAUGUAAAAGAAUAUUCUUAGAGCAAAUCUUACCUUUUGCAGACAGUCUGAGGAAGAAAUGUGCCAGCACAUAUCCUCUCUGUGGAAACGUAUCCCCUGGUUCUCCAGGACAUCAGGGUAUUCCUGGAUACCUUUGGCAAGAGUUCUUUGUACAUCUUUGUUAUUCUGCUGAUGACCACUACCUACUGUGCCAUGAACUUUAGAUGAAAAAGAUUUAUUUUACGAAUCAGAAGUUAAAUACCAUGGCUGCUAUGAGGUAUUCUUAGUGAUGCUGUUCAAGAAUAAACAAAAUACUCUUCUAAGAGAAGAAUGAAAUUGUAAGGGAUUGCAUGGCAGAUUUGGAAAAUAGCAAAGCCAGGUUCUUUCCCCCCCUUCCCCUCAAUUAAACCAUAACACAGAACUGCCAUUAAGUAUAAAUAAGAAGACACCAUGUUUAAUCUCAAGAUUUUGAAAAUACAAUACACAUGGCACAGAUCAUAAAACUUUUUCAGACACUGCUAAUUCUGAUACUUCAUGAUUACAUCUCAGCUGAAGAUGGAGAAACAAGAGCAAGUUGCAGAACUGCUCCGGCUGAUUUAGUCUUCAUCUUAGAUGGCUCUUACAGUGUUGGCCCAGAAAACUUUGAAAUAAUCAAAAGAUGGCUUGUCAAUAUUACAAGAAAUUUUGACAUUGGACCAAAGUUUAUCCAAGUUGGAGUUGUCCAGUACAGUGAUUACCCUGUACUUGAAAUCCCCCUAGGAACACAUGAAUCCACUGAAAACCUCAUCAGGGAAAUGGAAUCCAUACACUACCUGGGAGGAAAUACAAGAACAGGAAGAGCUAUUCAGUUUGCCUAUGACCAUCUUUUUGCGAAAUCUUCAAGAUUUUUAACAAAAAUAGCCGUUGUUCUCACUGAUGGGAAGUCCCAAGAUGAAGUCAAAGAUAUAGCAGCAGAAGCAAGGAAAAAUAAAAUCACGCUGUUUGCAAUUGGUGUUGGUUCAGAGAUUGAGGAGGAUGAACUUAAAGCUAUUGCUAACAAGCCUUCAUCAACUUAUGUAUUUUAUGUUGAAGAUUAUAUUGCAAUAUCAAGAAUUAAAGAAGUUAUAAAGCAGAAACUCUGUGAAGAAUCUGUUUGUCCAACAAGAAUUCCAGUGGCAGCUCGAGAUGAAAAAGGAUUUGACAUUCUUCUAGGACUAGGUGUGAAGAAAAAGGUUAAAAAGAGAAUUCAAAUACCAACUACUAAUGCCAAAGCUUAUGAAGUAACCUCCCGUGUUGACCUGUCAGAAUUGACAAGGAAUGUGUUUCCAGAAGGUCUGCCUCCAUCCUAUGUGUUUGUUUCCACUCAAAGAUUUAAAGUGAAAAAGACAUGGGAUUUGUGGAGAAUUCUAAGCCUGGAUAAGAGACCACAGAUAGCAGUCACUAUUAAUGGAGAGGAGAAAACAUUAUCAUUCACUACAACGAGUUUAAUAAAUGGCACACAGGUUAUUACUUUUGAUGCACCUCGUGUAAAGACAUUGUUUGAUGAAGGCUGGCAUCAAGUUCGUCUCUUAGUAACAGAAGAGUUUGUAACUUUGUAUAUAGAUGACCAAGAAAUUGAAACGAAGCCAUUACAUCCUGUUUUAGGUAUUUACAUCAGUGGACUAACCCAAAUAGGAAAGUAUUCUGGAAAGGAGGAAACUGUACAGUUUGAUAUACAAAAGCUGCGAAUCUACUGUGACCCAGAGCAAAAUAAUCGAGAAACAGUCUGUGAGAUCCCGGGAUUUAAUGGAGAGUGCAUGAAUGGCCCUAGUGAUGUAGGCUCCACGCCUGCCCCCUGCAUAUGCCCUCCAGGGAAACAAGGACCUCCAGGCCCCAAAGGUGAUCCUGGGCAGCCUGGGAAUCAUGGUUAUCCUGGUCAGCCUGGUCCAGAUGGUAAGCCUGGAUAUCAAGGAUCAGCAGGAACUCCAGGUAUCCCAGGAACUCCAGGGGUUCAAGGACCACGUGGCUUACCAGGUAUCAAGGGAGAGCCAGGGAAAGAUGGGGCUAAGGGUGAUCGUGGACUACCUGGUUUUCCUGGAUUACAUGGCAUGCCUGCACCAAAGGGAGAAAGGGGUCCUAAAGGAGAUCAAGGAGUGCCAGGAAUAUAUGGAAAAAAGGGCUCCAAGGGAGAGAAAGGUGAUACCGGGUUUCCAGGAAUGCCUGGGCGAUCUGGAGACCCUGGCAGAAGUGGGAAAGAUGGAUUACCAGGAAUUCCUGGUUUCAAGGGGGAAGUUGGACAGCCUGGAUCUCCUGGACAAGAAGGACAUCGUGGAGAGCCCGGAAUUCCUGGAAUCCCUGGAAAUCAAGGAGCAAAAGGACAAAAGGGUGAAAUUGGACCACCGGGUCAACCAGGAGCAAAAGGGUCACCAGGGGAAACUGGCAUGAUGGGACCGGAAGGCUCAUUUGGUCUACCUGGAGCUCCUGGGCCUAAGGGUGAUAAAGGUGAACCUGGACUACAGGGGAAACCAGGAUCACCAGGAGCCAAGGGAGAUCUAGGAGGACCUGGUGCCCCAGGUGAACCAGGCUACCCAGGCAUUCCUGGUACCCAGGGUAUAAAGGGGGACAAAGGAAGCCAGGGUGAAAGUGGUAUCCAGGGACGAAAAGGAGAGAAAGGAAGACAAGGAAAUCCAGGCUUACAGGGAAUAGAAGGAUUGAAUGGAGAACAAGGAGAGAAAGGUGAAAAAGGAGAUCCAGGCAUUCGAGGCAUCAAUGGACAAAAGGGAGAAACCGGUAUCCAGGGUUUGGUUGGACCUCCUGGUGUCAGAGGUCAGCCAGGAGACAGAGGGCCCCCAGGACCACCUGGAUCAGAUGGAAAACCUGCACGAGAAUUUUCAGAAGAAUUUAUUCGACAGGUGUGUUCAGAUGUACUGAGAACCCAGUUGCCUGCUAUCCUUCAGAGUGGAAGGCUACAAAACUGCAACCACUGUCAGUCCCAAAGUGCUUCCCCGGGACUUCCAGGGCCACCAGGUCCAAGAGGCCCUGAAGGUCCAAGAGGAUUUCCUGGUUUGCCAGGAAAUGAUGGUAUUCCAGGUCUGACAGGUGUCCCGGGUCGCCCUGGGGCUCGUGGGACAAGAGGGCUGCCAGGGAAAAAUGGUGCAAAAGGCAAUCAAGGAAUUGGGGUUCCUGGGAUCCAAGGCCCCCCGGGACCUCCAGGUCCGGAAGGUCCCCCGGGUAUGAGUAAGGAAGGACGUCCUGGAGAGCGUGGGCAGCCUGGUAAAGAUGGAGACCGUGGCACACCGGGAAUGCCAGGACCAGUUGGUCCCCCUGGAAUUUGUGACCCAUCACUGUGUUUUAGUGUAAUUGUGGGGAGAGAUCCCUUUAGAAAGGGACCAAACUACUAAUUUGUGAUAUAAUAAUUUAGAGGAAUAGGAAUGGUGCUUGUCUUUAAUGGUCUUUCAAGUCUCAGGAAGGUGACCAGCAAUAAUCCCAGGAACAAAAGGACCUCUGACAUUAUAAACAUUACAAAUAAGGAUCCCAAAGGUUAUGCAAUCCUUUACAAAAGGAACUCCAAUAAUUUUUUUUAUAACUUGCAUAAAUUGAAUCUCGAGUGUUUUUAAAGAGAUCGUCAGUUUUAAUAGGAAUAAAAUUAACUAUAAUAUUUGGUAUUUAGUAUUUAAGUGUCCUGCCAUAGUCCUGCUGCCACUGAAGUCCUUUGCAAAACAGCUUCAGACUCCACUGGCAGCAGGAUUAGGCCUUAAAUGGUAUCGGUGAGGUGUAAAUUACUGUGAAAAUUUUCACAUGCAGCCAACAGAUACAGUAUUUGAUUUUGAAAGAAUGUGGCUGGCUUUAACUUCAUGUGUGUGUGAAUUUCAUUGGCUUGUGUACCUUUCAUUUGUCAUAGCUCCAAGUGUUGUGUGAGCAAAAGCAUGUAUUUGAUUUUUAUAAAUUAAGAGAAAUAUCUGGACUGGUUAUAGAAAUAGUGUAGUAUUUUGCUGUGUAACUCCCUUUCUAAAACCAAGGUGAAAUGCAAGGGUAGAACUCCUACUGACUGAAGAAGGACCAAGGCUUACUGAAGAUGGUACUUUCAACUACAGAAGGUCAAAAAUGUCCCAUGCGGGUGAUUCAGUUUAUAUGAAAAUAUUUAAAAAUAAAAUAAAACAAAUGGAAUAUUGGUAUAGCUGGCUUAUAGCUGUAUUUUGAAAAAAAUAAUUAAUAAAAAAGUUUGCACAACCCCAUUGUAACAGUUCUGCAUAAUUAUGGGUUGUUAGGUACCCUUUGUUGUUUCUCCCCAAGAACUGCAGCUGCCAAAUUGAAGAAGUAGGUUUACAAGGAGAAUGGUCUAACUGCUGGCUAACUAGCUGCAAUGUUUGCUACGCUGUUUUCUUUUUCAUUUUAAGCAAGCUAUGUGUAGCUUUCAUUGUAUGCUUUGCUAAUAAGGUGUAUUGCUUGCUUUUACAUAAACAGCAAACGCACAGUUCCAUGAGAAUUUGAAAUCCUUUUUUUAAAUUAAGGCAAAGUUGUACUGAGCUUAUCCAAUGCUUUAUAAGUGGCUUUUUCUAAUGUGUUGUUUUUCUGUUGUCCUACUAUCAGAUUGGUAAUAUGCUUGAAAUUCAAGGUCAAAUAAAAUUUUGUAUAGAACUAG